AUGGGAUAUGAGUGCAUCGCAGAUGACGAGCCUUGGAGCCGAUGGGACGAGGAAAUGUCUCUGACCAGUCGGUUAGAUGAGGAAUUGCUUCUGAGGUUGGAGCAUGGACGGUGCGCGCUGCGGAAAUGUCGCAGUGCUGGAAUUAUCGAGCACCGCAGUGCACGUUUGGAAGACAGAUGUCGACUGCUUUCCAAGAAAGAAAUGUCCGGACGACCACUGGCAGAAGUUCCGUACAAGGCAGCAGACCUACGCCCCGAUACCUUUGAGAAGACCACCGAUGCCUACAUGUACGAUGUGAUCUUCACGUAUUUCAGUCAAGACAAGGACUUCCGAAGUCGCUGGAACGUGGUGGGCUUUAUGGCGGGGGUGCCGGACAAGACUCAGAAGCAGGCUUGCCGGCAGUGUGGUCGGGCCUACGAAAGUCUGAAAGAAGAUGUUUGCCAACACUGCAAGCAGAAAAGAGAGAUGGGCCGUGCGCCCAUUCGAGUGGUGAUGGACAUGCCAUCCAUGACUGAGACGCUACCGCGGUCCUAUCCGCCUGUGGUGCCGGGCAAAAACAAGCCUAAGAUGAUUCCAGGGCUGCCCAUCGGAUACAGUGUGCCAUUGGAAGCCUACACCGUAGAGGAUGGUCGAAUCCUGCUUGAGCGGCAAAAACAGUUCAACAACGACCAGAUCGAUCCACGCUUCAAAUGGUUGCAGGACAUCAUGGAUGAAUACGAUGCCAAGGUUGCUGGAGACCGCCAAAAAGACGAACCCAAGGUGAGCAACGCCACCAACUUCCUGUGGUCCCAACUCACGGGAAUGCUGUCCUCCGCGUCCCUGCGAGAAUCCGCUGACGGACGCUGACAAGAUCGAAAUUGCUCAGAAUUCGCUGGUGAACACCUACGGAAUCGAUAAGUUGGCCAACAAACCUUUCUGUCGCCCCCCAGCUGCCCCGCCUGCGACGCCAGCGGUGAAAAGCGAAAGUGGCGCCACGCCUGAUGCAGGAGAUGACCUGGAUCAACAACUGGCAGAUUUGCUCAAGAGG